GUACAUGUGGAGUCUGAGGUUGCACUGUAUAAUGGCCACCUGAGCACGGAAGACAGCCACGAUAGCAUGAAGGUUACAUCAGCUGCUGAUGAACUUGCAGCAAAAGCAUCUACCUCAAAUGUCAGUGAUGUCAGAGAUGGCAGUAAGGAUGAAAGAGAUGAUACAAGCCAGGAUACUACUAUGGAAACAGAAGAUUCUGUUGUGUCCUCAUCAGAGCAAGGUGGUGGUGGUGGUGGUGGUGGUCCCACAGAGAAUAAUGGAGUCUUGAUUGACUGGAGCCACCUUGAGGCAGUGUAUGAGUCCUGUGUCUCUGCUACAGAGGACGCGACUGUAGAUGAUCUCCAACGACUCUAUUCUGCAAUCACUGCCCUUAUUCACAAGCACCUCCCAAAUCCCAACAAGAUGCAACUUCUACAGGAUACAGAAGUUGAAAUAAGAAGAUUUACGCAGUUUCACAAGACAACUUGAAGCUAGCAGUGUUGUGACCUGUUGAGUGUAGAGUGCAAUGAAAUAUUCCUUUAUUCUGACAUUAUAGACAUCAGCUAAUGUCAGGAUUGUUCUGGCUUAGUUAUAUUUUGUAUUCUCUUUUUAAGUAUUUAUAUGAUUCUUUGUCUGACUAUUUUCCUGUCAUUAAUAAAGACCUGAAAGCUGUAUCUUUAUUAGAGUUUUGUACUUUUGCCAAAGUUUUAUACUGUAGAGAAAUUUUGUACCCAUUUUCUCUGCAGUUUAGCUUUGCUGAUCUAGGUACAUUAAAUAUAUAAAUUAAGGAUAUGUUUGUCAGUUUUAGUUAGGGUGUGGUUAUUAUGUUGCAGUGACUGGAUGGCGAAUUAUGAAGAUACAAUUCUCAACCUGUAAUCUUGUAUAUAUGUGUGCUGUCUUGAAUGUAUGCAUUCCCAUAGAUACAUGCUUGUGCGUACAUGUAAGCUGGUGGUACAGAUGUGCUUAUAUUAACUUCAUAAUUGUUGUAUUAUUAUGUAAUUAAAAAAUCACUUUUAAAAGUAAUAAUUUCUUUGUUGGUACAUAACAUUCUUCAUAAUGUACUGUCUGGUCACUCCAAGCCAAUUCUAUUUCCUUGCUCAAGUAACUCAAUAGUAACUAGCCCAGAUAGGUACAGUAUUGUGCGAGUCUGCCACUGCCAGCAACAGCAUCACCCAUCAACCCACACUGCCACCCACACUGCCAGUCUCAGCAGGUUUCCAUUUUAAGGCUUUAUUUGAGAAAUGUGAAAUUACAGGAAAGUAAUUUUAUCUGCACUGUAAUACUCUCCCAUGUUGAUGAUCUAAACCUAACCAAAGUUUUGCCAGUACAUAGUGUGUUUUAAAUUUUACAGUUUCAAGCAGAAGUGGUAAAACUUGUUUAAUAGCCUCCUUUGCCUUCAGUCUUUUAAGUGUAGAGGUAAGAAAAUAUUGGGUACAACUCUUGAAGUAACUUUGUCAUUGAGUGUGGAUUUAAUUUCUGAUUUGUAAAUUAUGCCAAUAUUUUUGACAGGAAUUAGAUCAAAGAGGAAAUUUGAUUUGAGAAGGGUAAAUUAAAAGCAAGAGUUUAAAAAUGUAUUAUAGAUAUUAUUUUCAUAUGCCCACUGAAUUAGAGAUAUGAAAUAAGAGGUGGAUUGAAAAAAAUACAAAUGCUUCCUGAUGUGAAUUUUGGUGACAGAUUAUCCUUUAAGCAGUUUCGAUUAAAAAGGAGGCUUACAGAAGGGUAUUGGGAUCAAUAAUAUUUUUGAGAAAGAGGCAAGUGGAAUUGAUAGACGCAUUUGCAAGUUGUGAUAUGUGAUGAAUUUUUUGUUGUGGCAUUUUUUCUUGUUUUUGUUCCUUUUGUAGUGCCUUAUUGUGGUUCAUUAUUCAUCUUAAUAUUUUUACCCUAUAGCUCCAGCAUUCCUAGGGCCAAAGAUUUGUUAACCAUUAAGUUACUAGCAAAACAACUGCCCAGGAUAAUUUGCUCUUUGUCCUCACCAGGAUUCACCAGGAUGUACUAGUGUUCCAGUCUGCCAGAAAUUAUCAGAUUAGCUCAAGACAUAAAAUUAGGUUUUGUUAGUGUUAUCAAUUGUAUGUAUAGAGAGAGAAAUAAGUUGGAAAUUAAUACUUCCAGAUGUUCAUACCAGAAUCAUAUUCCAGAUCUCAGUGAUGAACCCAUUGAACCUUUUACUAUAUGGUGUUAAAUAUGUAACUUAAAUCCUGUCAGUAGGCGACUGUAAUGAAUUGGACAAGGAAAAUUCAUUUUAUAACUCACAUUCAUUGUCAUCUGAUGUCAUAUUUGCAUAACUGUCUUAUUAUUAUUACAACUAUUAUUAUUAUUAUUAUUAUUCUCCAGUAUAUAUGUCUGUGCUGCCUUUGAUUCUCUUUUCCAUUGUUAAUCAACUUCGUCACUUUUAAUAUAUUAUCAUAGCAAGAUUGUACAUCUGUAAAUGUGAAUGUACAUUCUUGGAAUAACAUCUUGCACUUCAUCAUUUCUUCAUAGUCUUAGUUUCUGUAAUUCCAGAACAGAAAAUAAAGUGUUUCUAUGUAUAAUUUUUUAGUGAAGAUUUAUUUAUUGAGUGUAUUUUGUUCUGUAGUAAAUUUCAUCAGAGUUUACCGGUGAUAAAUGAAUUUAGAAACCUGGAAUUGCCCUGCAAGCACUGGAUAUAUCCAAUAGAAUUAGCAUCUCUAAUUCAGGUAUGCACUUUUAAGCAUUUGUUAUAUACAUUAUAGGCAUUACAGGUAUACUUGACACAUUUUCAUUCACUCAGGUUAUAAAUCAAAUUAAUUCUUGUGUAUAUAGGGCUUUAAUAAGUUCUUUUUUAUACUGGAAACAAUGUUUUACCAAGAA